ACGAAACAAGGAAAACAGAAUUAUUAAUCUAUCUGUCUAGUUGUUCGACUCUGUUGCGCCCUUUAGUUUAUGUUACUGCUCGCUCCCCUGCUGUUCUAUCAGCUUUCAGCACGGCUUGGCGUCUAACCAUCGAUGCCUUUACGUGAAGUCAUCUAUGGUCUAACAUAGCGAGGAAACGUCAGUCAUUGAGCAACCCUGAUCGGAUUUCCUGGACUGGGCGUGUUGUGGGUGUGUUCCGAUUGUCAGAGGUCUGAUUCUAUACCGGUUUUUAUUUCUGUGCUGUUUACGUUGCCACGAUUACUGGCUUCGGUACACGUACAUCCGCGUAGAGUUCCGAAAGCCAGGACUGCAAGAGGAUAGGACCCAUUUCCUGUCAACUGGCCAACUGCCAGGCCGUGUGUCAGCAGCUUUGAAUUCAGGCUGAGCCUAACAACUUUGGAACACACGCAGACAAAGAGUACUGGAUGGGGCAACUGAAGAAAUAUUUAAUGUAAUGAAAUAUAUAGUCCUGUACCUACCAUAUAGAGCUGUAGAAACCAUGGUGUAUUUGUAUACUCAAUAUGAAGAUCCUUAUUAUCUCUCCUACUUCAAUAUCUUCUGUAUCUGGUAAUGCUUGCACUGUUCAAAGAAUACAAAAACAUUUGGCAUCGAGUAAUUCAGUGUGUAUAACAUGUAGCGUUGAUGUUAUCAUUUCCCAAAAUGCAAAAUGUACCCGGGUGCAGUUGAAAAAUUUUGUGGCAAAAAAUGGAAUAGAUUGUAUUUUGUUUCUUCACGCUUACAAAAGUGCCAAGAUUUUACUAUGCAGCUGUGAAAAAUGCUCAAAACAUCCAUUAAGUGUCCCAUAUGGAAUUAUAUUUGGUGGAACUGAUCUCAAUGCUGAUAUUUUGGACGAAGAAAAAUGCUUGGAUGUGAAAGAAAUUUUAUUAAAUGCUAAAUUUGCUGUCGCUUUUACCGAAGAUCUGAGGAGAACAGCUUCGCAACUUGUGCCUCAGUUGAAUAUAUUUGUCCAACCUCAAGCAGUUGAACUAGUCAAUGUGGAACCUAAAGCCCUUCAUAACGUUGAUUUCAAUUCUAACAUGUUCACAGAUAAUGGAAACCAUAACUUAUAUGGGUUCUUGAUGGUAACUGGUAUUCGGCCUGUAAAAGACCCAAUCUUUCUGUUGGAGGCAUGGAUGAAAUGGUGCAAAAAUAAUCAACAUUUAAAUUUAAAGCUCCUUAUUAUUGGUCCUGUAAUUGAUCUUGAAUAUGCAGAUUCAUUUUUCAAUCUUUUGGCAUCACUUAAAGAUAACUGGACUCAGAAUGAUUUUACGGCCAAACAAAGUACUCAAUUUAAAGCUAAAUCAUUGGACGAUAUUUUUGAUUGGUUUGGCGAACCUGACUCAUUCCCUAUUUUAUAUUCUUCUGCUUUGCCACGAGAAGAGCUGAAGAUACUUAUGCAUUCUUCUUUUAUAUUUGCGUCAAUAAACUCUUCUUAUAGCGAGGGAAUGGCAUCUGCAGUACUAGAGUCCAUGGCAAAUAAAAUACCUGUUAUAGCCAGAGAUAAUUCAGGUAACAGAUCUCUUGUAGAAGAUAACAAAACUGGACUUCUAUAUCAAACAUGUGAAGAUUUUAUGAAACAAACUGAAAAACUUAUUGAGAACCCUGGACUAAGAAGUUUGAUCAUAGAGAAUGCUUUUCAAAUGGUUCAGAAUGAACAUUCAAUAGAAAAAGAAAAGGAAUUUUAUAGUAAUUUAUGCCAAGACUUUUUUGCUAAAUAAUAUAUUUUUAAGCAAUCUAUUUUUUUUUUCAUUCAACUAUUGUGAUUAUCUUCCACACCAACCUCUGCACUUCAAGUUAUGCACUUUUGAAUAGUAUUGCAGUCUUUUCUCCAAGUUCACUGGCUUAUAUUAUAUUUGGUUAGUUUUAUUGAAGCCUACUUUAAUAAAUGAAUAGUUUGUCUCGUACACAGCCUCAUAAUUGCUUCACAUUUUGCUUGAAUUCCUUUCAAUGAAAAAUGCAAUAAUGAUAUACCUAUCUUAGAUGAGUAAUUAAUUCAAUUUUUCUAUCAUUUUUACCUUUAAAAUUUAACCGAUUGUAGCAUGCAAAGUUUGUUUUAAUAUUACUUAAGAGAUUAUUAAUAUAAAAGGGUAUGUUUUAUAUAUCAAAUGUUUAUUGACUGUCGUUGUGCAUUU